AUGACCAUCUACUUUGUUUCACUAAUAUCAAGAGAAAAUCAGCCCCUUUAUAUCCAGCCGUUUUCUCCAUUUGAGGAAAAGGAAGAAUCUAAAGACAAAAAUAAAGAUAUAUCAUUUGUGGAUGAAGGAACUCGAGAAAACGAGUUAUUGAAGUACAAUUUCCUUUCACAUAUGGCAUUGGAUGUAUUUGAUUCGCCGUUUAUGCCAAUGGCAGAAACAGAACCACGACCAGGAAGAACGUAUCGAUUGUUAUUCGUGCAAGAUUCAGUGUUUGUGUUCGGUCAGGAGACAAAUACAGGACUGAAGAUAGUGGUUGGAGGUUCUCGGGACGAGAAUGAAUACAAUAAACAAGAAACUGGAUUAAACGAAGUGUUUAAACAGAUCUAUAGGGCAUAUCUGCGACUGAUAUGCAAUCCUUUCAUAGAUUCCGAGAAGAUUGACGAUGAGAUAGAGAGUACUCAGUUUGAUAGAAGAAUUAAGGAAAUAGUAAAGAGUUGGAAUACAGAUUAA